AUGGCGCCAGCUGUGUCCUCCGCUCCUCGACCUCGAGCUGGCGUCACCAGGAAGAAGCCUCCUCCAUUCAAAGUGCCUGGUCUGGGUAACAAUUCAGGCCUCACCUCCUUCAGAGGUUCAACCCCUGUACGCCAAGCCACGCCGGACGCCAGAAGACGAACACCUGAUACAUCUGCUCGAGUCUGUCCCAGCGGUUGCGUCAAUCCCACCUUCAAGCAUUCCGACGACCUAAAUUGGCUCUGCGAGAAUUGCGGUGCUGAGGUGGAAGUCGAUGACCACCUGGUCAGCGAAACACAGUUCGCCGAGGGGCCUUCAGGACAAAUUCGUGCUCAAGGUGUUACCAUCGGCGCAGGGGAAACCCACAGAGGCGGUGGUGCUUUCGCCCAUACCGGUAAGGCCGGCAGCGAAACUACACCGACCAGAAUCCAGGCCGAGAGAAAUGCCAAGAACAUUGUCGCUCGAAUCUGCAAUCAACUUAACAUCCAUGGCGAAGAUGAAUCGGCUCUCAGACUAUUCAGCAUGGCCUAUACGAAGGGUUUCAUCCGGGGACGUAGUUUGGACGAUGUCGCUAUCGUUUGUCUCUACCUUGCUGUCAGACAGAGUACCGAACAGAUUGAAGGUGUUUCACGCCCUAAGCACCCAUACAUGUUGAUCGAUUUCGCCGAACGAGGCGAUAUCGAUGUCUUCGCGCUCGGUCGCAUCUAUGUCGACCUGUGCCGCGAGCUCUUUUUCGAUCCCGUUGGAGGUAUGCAGCAAGAUCAAGAUAAGAAGCCACUCCUCGCGCCGGGUCCAGAGGUUUUCGUUGAAAGAUUUGUCAGAGAGCUCGAGUUUCCAAGACACGACGAGCGAAAAAUCAUGAAAGAUGCCUACCAGAUCAUUGCAAGCAUGAGGAGGGAUUGGAUCACCAGAGGGCGACGUCCGGCCGGCGUUUGUGGUGCUGCUGUGGUCCUAGCUGCUCGCAUGAACAACUAUCGCCGAACCGUUCGGGAGGUCGUCCUCGUUGCCAAAGUCACAGAGAUUACCUUAAACAAGCGAUUAGAGGAGUUCAGUACGACACCUCUUGGCAAGGUGUCUGUCAGCGAUUUCAGAAGUCAGGAGCUGCCUCCGGCCUCGGAUGAUCACUUGAAGACGCAAGAGUUCUUGAAACUCCAAGAGCUUCGCCAAAAACAGAAUCACAACACUUUUGAAAGCUUACCUGACGCUUCCAACCCUCCUAUCCUGAUACCUAAGCCGAAGAAGCGGAGACGGAAGAACGCAGGGAGUGUGGCCGAGACUGCUGCUGACGAAGGAGAUGCGGGCGAGGAAGAAGAAGAAGAAGAAGAGGAGGAGGAGGAGGAUGAGGAAGAGAACAAGCUGGAGGAGCCAUCUGCGAAACGCGCAAGAGUUGAUCCCGACGGUUUUGCCAUUCCCGACCAACCAGCAUCGUCCGCCACUGGGGCAACAAGUACUAAUUCAACGCCGAAGAGGAAGCCAGGGCGUCCGAAGGGUAGCAAGAAUUGGAGAGCACCUGCACCUACUGCUCGUGAAACGGAAAUAGAGCGAGAAAUCGAAGGCGCUAUCGACGAGAACAUGCCCGAGAUGGAGGAAAUAGCGGGACGAGUAGCACGCGCGCAAUCGUUACCAGCCGAGGACGCAGAAGCACAACCAUCGGUCGACAAGACCGCUCCGAUGAUGAUACCAACUCCCUCCCCGACUCUAGGGGCGCCUUCUCUCACAGCUGGCAAUACUGGCGAUGUUCCAAUGUCACCUACCCUCGGCGGUGACGAAUUUGAGGACGACAUUGACGUCUCAAACUGUGUCCUUUCCGAAGAAGAGCGUCGUCUGAAGGAAACCAUAUGGGUCAAUGAAAAUGCUGACUGGUUGCGACAAGAUCACGCCAAACGUAUCCGCAGGCAACUCAGAGACGCUGAGCUGCGUGAAAAGGGCAUCGACCCUGUCCAGUACGAGAGGAACAAGAAGGCCCAGGGCCGUCGCCGAAAAGACGGCAGCAAAGUUCCUGGCCGGCCCGGCGAUGUUGCCUACCUCACCAACAAAGAAUACGAACGUCGCGGUACGCCACAGGCAUCUCGUGAACCCAGCGAACCUGCUGCCGAUGGGUCAUCCCGACAAGGUACCGUCUCUCCCGGUCGCUCUGCGGCUCUCAAUGCCGCGGAUUCUGUUACUCGCAUGCUCGGCCAGCGCGCUGGCUUCUCUCGUCGCCUCAACUUGGGAGCUAUCCAGGGCAUUUAUUCUGUCCCGGGUGAGCCCGGAUCGCCGUCAUCCACUUCAGAGAGUCGCGCCUCGUCGAUCUUGUCUGACGACUGGGACGAGCGACGCAGCGCCAGCCGGGACCAAAUCGCAACAUCGAGUGCGGCCCGUCGCCGCCGCGCGCGCGCUGGUCUACCGGAAGACGAAGAUCGUAGCGACGUCAUCUUCGGCGGGCAGGGGGGCAAGAAUACUGGUCUGGCUAGAAGCAAGGCUAGCAUUAGUGCUGAGCGGCGGCAGGUUCAAGCGCGUAGCCAGUCGAGAGCCAGUGGCAGUCCAAGUGUUGCGCCUUCGGCGUCGGGAGAGGUCCGGCAAGCAAGCGCGGAAUACGAGGACAGUGUGGCGAGUGUCAGUGGAAGCCCAACUCCUCCGCCAAUUUCAGCGAAACCAGCGGCAUCAGCGCCACGUGUUCGGAAUGUGACUUUUGCAAAAUCCCCGCCGCAGCAGAGGUCGGCACCGGGAUCAGGACCGCACACACCGGCAAGUUCCGGCAGUAUGCAAUCAACAGAUAUGAUGGACGCUGGAGAGGAGGAGGUCGUUGGCGAGGAAGUUGCUGGCGAAAGAAGCCUGAUUCGCGAGGUUGCCCCGCCUGGAUCGUACGACGACGACGAUCAAGACAUGGAGGAUGAUGACGAGGAGCAGAGCGAGGAGGAGGAUGAUGAUGAGAGCGAAGUCGACCCCGAGGAAGCUUUUGCGGGGGUACUGAAACCCAGGAGGACCUGGGAUGACGAUGAUUGA